GCGCCGGCCGCCGGGCGCAAGCGCGCAGGGGCCACUGUGGGCAGGCGUCCUGGCCUCGUCUAAGCCUGGAGGGUGAAGGUAGUUUUUUGUAGACGUCAUAGCUGGGCCGGGGAUUCUUGGAAUGUGCUGCCGGGACGUGGAGAAUGGGGACCGUGGCCACUGCUAUUCAGUGUUGAGGAUGUGGGGGUGCAGCCACAGCAGAAGGAGAUGCAAACAGUACGUCACUCGGAGCAGACACUUAGAGCAGCUCUCAUCUCCAAGAACCCAGUGCUUGUGUCCCAGUAUGAGAAGUUUGGUGCUGCAGAAAGGCGUUUGAUGAAUGAAGCCUUCCAACCAGCCAGCGAUCUCUUUGGACCCAUUACUUUGCAUUCUCAAUCAGAUUGGAUCACCUCCCACCCUGAGCCUCCCCAAGACUUUGAAGAGUUUUUCAGUGAUCCUUCCAGAAAGACACCCUCUCCAGAGAAACACAGUAUUUAUAUACAGUGUAUUGGAUCUCUAGGAAACACCAGAGUUAUCAGUGAAGAAUAUAUUAAAUGGCUCAAGGGCUACUGUGAAGCAUUUUUCUAUGGUUUGACAGUGAAACUCCUGGAACCAGUUCCUGUCUCUGCAACCAAGUGUUCCUUUAGAGUCAAUGAUAACACACAAAACCUACAAAUACAUGCAGGGCACAUCCUGAAGUUCUUAAAGAAGAAGAAACCUGAGGAUGCCUUCUGUAUUGUGGGAAUAACAAUGAUUGAUCUUUACCCAAGAGACUCCUGGAAUUUUGUCUUUGGACAGGCCUCUUUGACAGAUGGUGUGGGGAUAUUCAGCUUUGCCAGGUAUGGCAGUGAUUUUUACAGCUCAAGCUAUGAAGGCAAAGGGAAGGUGUUGCAGAAAAAGUCUUCAAGUGACUAUUCUGUCUUUGACGACUAUUACAUUCCUGCGGUGACUAGCGUUUUGCUGCUUCGGUCCUGUAAGACUUUAACCCACGAGAUUGGACACAUAUUUGGACUUCGACACUGCCAGUGGCUCGCAUGCCUGAUGCAAGGCUCCAACCACCUGGAAGAAGCUGACCGGCGCCCCCUACAUCUGUGCCCUAUCUGUUUACGCAAGUUGCAGUGUGCUAUUGGCUUCAACAUUAUAGAAAGAUACAAAGCCCUGGUGAGGUGGAUUGAUGAUGACUCUGCUGACACACCGCGAGUCACUCCAAAACAUAGUCGUGAGGACAAUGUGAAUUUGCCAAAACCUGUGGAAGCCUUUAAGGAGUGCAAAGAGUGGAUAAUGAAAUGCCUUGCUGUUGCCCAAAAAUAAGAACCUUCAUAUAGGAGUAAUUAAAAUAAGUACUUGUACAUUAUGCUUUCUUUUGGAUCAAGUACUUCUCUGGAAUAAACUGUUUACUGAUCCUGCCCUGUAUCAAAGUAACAGAAGAGAAGCACCUUUAAAGCACUUGAAUUUGAAAUGAGGCUCAUUUUGAAUCAUAAAAACUCUAAACUCUUUUGAAUGAUAAAAACUCUAAACUCUUUUGUAUCAUUUUGAAUCAUAAAAACUCUAAACUCUU